AUAACAGCGUCCAAGGCUGAUGCAAUAUAGCGCCUGCUUCUGAUAACACGUGUAGCAUAUAGCCAGCCAAUCCGGGAAGCAUCUGAAGGACACACAAAAAAAUUGUAAUUAUUUUUCAUAAGCACCUAUAUAUUUUCCUGGUAAAUGAAGAUGCCUUUUGUCAGAGCCCUGAGCAAGGUGGCCAGGCAGGUCCUCCAGGAUCCAGGGUGUGGCUGUCAGCCCAUGGCCAUCGCUGUACGCACCAUCAGCUUCUCCCCUCGCCAAGUCACUUCCGAUGCCAAUUUCCACUCUGUCUCCUUCUCAGAGACGGACCACCCCAAGGUCCUCAUCACCGGUGGUCUUGGACAGUUGGGGGUUGGACUGGCUAAGUUGCUACGGAAAAGAUUUGGUAAAAACAAUGUAAUUCUGUCAGACAUCAGGAAACCUCCAAGUCAUGUUUUCCACAGUGGGCCUUUUAUUUACUCUGACAUUUUGGACUACAAGAACCUGCGUGAGAUUGUGGUGAACAACCGAAUUACUUGGCUUGUCCACUAUAGUGCCCUCCUUAGUGCUGUGGGAGAGGCGAAUGUGUCUUUGGCCCGGGCUGUGAACAUCACAGGUCUGCACAACAUCCUGGACAUUGCGGCUGAACAUGGCCUGCGGCUGUUCGUCCCCAGCACCAUCGGCGCAUUCGGACCCACCUCUCCCCGGAACCCCACCCCUGACCUGUGCGUGCAGCGCCCCCGAACCAUCUACGGUGUCUCCAAAGUCCACGCAGAGCUCAUGGGAGAGUACUACCACCACCGGUACGGCCUGGACUUCCGGUGCCUCCGGUACCCGGGCAUCAUCUCUGCAGACUCCCAGCCUGGUGGCGGCACAACAGACUACGCCGUGCAGAUCUUCCACGACGCAGUGAAGACCGGCAAGUUCGAGUGCAACCUGAAGCCAGACACGCGGCUGCCCAUGAUGUACAUCGACGACUGCCUGAGGGCCACGCUCGAGGUGAUGGAGGCGCCGGCCGAAUCCCUCACCAUGCGGACCUACAAUAUCAACGCCAUGAGCUUCACCCCUGAGGAGCUCGUGACGGAGGUGCAAAAGCAGCUGCCCGAUCUCCAGGUCACCUACGACAUCGACCUCGUCCGCCAGGCCAUAGCUGACAGCUGGCCCAUGAACUUUGAUGACAGCAACGCCCGUAAAGACUGGAGGUGGAAACAUGACUAUGACCUUCCAGAGUUGGUCCAGACGAUGCUCAACUUCAUUGGCUCUGACUCGCAAAUCGCCCAUGCUAACUGAACACGCCCAGGCUACCUGUACAUAGUGUUAAAACUAGAUCUGCACACAGCAGAAGCUCACGGUCUGUAAAUAGUCUUACUCCAUGAUUUGGGAAAUGCAUUUAUUAGAGAUUCUGGUAGCCAAGAUAUCUACCUUCCUCUUUGUAUCUAGAGGGGGAUAGUUGAUUCCCAUUAAAUUACUGGGAAACCGUUUUGUGAAGACAACUUUCCAAGUGAAAUGAUGGGAAGCUUCUGGAAUCUGUAGCUCUGAAACUUUGGAUGCCAGCUACGUGCAGUUUAGAUCUGGGAAAUGUUGCAAAAGUUAAUGCCAUGGAGGGAGAAGGUUUGUGCUUCCUUCUGGACCCUGUCAUGAAGAUGGAUUUUAAGAGACCAAAGGAAUAUUUCUGUGCAAAUUAUUACAAUGUAUCAAGGGCUUUACUUGAGGGGAAGUCAAAAACAUCACCUGAAGUUGUAUCAUCCUUCUGUUAAAUGGUUUUACAUUGAUUUUCUCUUCCUGGGUAACAAGGAACAGUAACUAUGUUUGAUCAUUUGUAAGUUUGUUUUGAUCCUUGUCAGUAUGAAUAUAAAACAAUGGAACAUAGAAUUACAUGACAAACACAGUGGUCUAUUUUAAAAUGGCAACGUACAGAUGAGUGUUUGACAAUAUGCAGAAUUUAAGGUUCAUGAUUAGAAUGCAAAAGCAAUUCUGAAAUGUCUGAUGAUUUCCUUGGAUAUUUAUUUUAUAAGCUAUUUAUUGUGUGUACAGUGGAACUUGGCAGAUGUUAGCAUUUGUUUUGUGACACUGUACCAAUGGUCCUGCUUAUUAUUUUUUACUUUUCAAAAAGUGUAUACCUCCAUUUGGAGAGUUAUCCUAUUCUUGACAUGUUUGUCGGCUGUUUAUGCAGCUACAGUGACAGCUUAUGCACCUUCUUUAUUCUUGAUGCAAAAUAUUCACUAUGGAAUGAAAUGAUAACAGAGAAGCUUUCUUUGGAGUUGUAGAAAAUACUUUUGUUUUUUAGCUGCCCUUUUUGUUCCCGGAAAUAUCAAUAAAAUGUGUUUAAAUACGA